GGGCGGCACCGAGCGUGUGGCGGAAGUGUCGCAGGGCGUGCGCCGGUGCGGGGAUGGAGCAGCAGCAGCAGCAGCUGAGAAACUUGCGGGACUUCCUGUUGGUCUACAAUCGGAUGACAGAACUCUGCUUCCAGCGCUGCGUGCCCAGCCUGCACCACCGAGCUCUGGACUCUGAGGAGGAGGCGUGUCUGCACAGUUGUGCUGGAAAGCUGAUCCAUUCCAACCACCGCCUCAUGGCCGCUUACGUGCAGCUCAUGCCUGCGUUGGUACAGCGCCGCAUUGCGGACUACGAGGCUGCCGCAGCUGUGCCAGGUGCUGCUGCUGAACAGCCCAGAGUCUCGCCUUCGGGCAGCUAGCCGGGCAGCUAGCCGUGUGUUCACAACUCCAGGAGAGACGGCACUAGAAGGACCCUCAGGUUGAAGGACCCAGUGGACCUUGGGCUUGGUGAAUCCUGUAUGUAGAGAAUGAGGGUUUGCCUGAAAGUUGGGUACUGUUGCUCCUUUUCCUGGAGCAAAUAAACCUGCUUUUUGCUCUGUUUGGUUUAUAUUCUGGACAGGGAAACGUUGCCUACUUUAUUGGCACUAUCCUUUGUUCGGUCAUUUAAUGCUGGCUUCAUCAGCCCUGGCAGCUGAGAAAUCGUCUUCUACAUGUAGAAGGAAAACCUCAGAAUUUCCAGGCAUCUGGUUAAAGCAGGGUCUGUAUGUAUAAUUUUAAGGUUGGUAAAAUAGCAACAGGAAAUUGAUUCCUGCCCAGAAGACAGAAAAUGGGCUGUCUUCUGUCUGACUUAAAUGGCUCACCUGUGAGCUAACUAUGCAUUGAUUCAUAACCAGUUUUUUGUGGAUUGUGUCUUAUGUGAAAUAAUUCUGCUGGAUCUAGGGAAAGAAGGAAAUAUCUAAGUACAAAAUUUCAAAAAAAUCACAGAGCUUUUGAGCACUGCCUCCUGGGAAGUUAAUGGCCACAGAAGAGAGUUGAAACCUGUAAGAAUUCUAUGGUGUUCUGGAACUCUAGCCAUUUCCCCAGGUUGUUCCUUUUUAGUAUUUCUGUCUUCUGAGGCUAAGCAAUAAAACCUUGAACAAAGAAA